GCUGUUUCGAAUCACUUCCACUGAAGCGACGGGCGUCCCAUUAGGGUUCCGAGAGAGAAUCUAAUAAAUCAUGUACGCAGGCGAGUUUGACGGUAACGCCGCUUUCGCCGGCGGCGGUUUCAUGCCUUCUCAAUCAACUGCGCAAGCGCCUGAAUCCUCUUCUGCUUUCAAGAAUCGGGAUGCACGUACAUUGCUUCCCCUGACGUUGAAGCAAUUGAACAGUGUUUCAACCAAUGGUGAAUCGAAUUUCUCCAUUGACGGCGUUGAUAUCAACACUGUUGCAAUUGUUGGGCGAGUUUCUAGGAUGGAGAACAGAAUCACUCAGGUGGAUUUUGUUAUAGAUGAUGGUACUGGCUGUGUUGAGUGUAUCAGAUGGUGUCAUGAACGUCAAGAAACUGAAGAAAUGGAAGCAGUCAGGCUAGGAAUGUAUGUUCGCCUACAUGGACACCUGAAAAGCUUCCAGGGAAAGCGAUCUAUGAAUGUUUUCUCAGUUAGGCCUGUCACUGACUUCAAUGAGAUUGUACACCACUUUACCGAGUGUAUUUAUGUUCACAUGUACAACACUAAGCCACGGGGUGGUUCUGUUACUCAGGCUACUGAAACUCCUAUGCCUCAAAUGCCUUCAACAACGCCCACGCCUGCAAGGCCAUUCCAGACCGGCCCAUCUAAUCAGUUCUCGAACCAGUUCAACGACCCAAUGCAUGGCGUAAGGCAGACAGUCUUAAAUUACCUCAAUCGACCUAUACACCUUAGAUCUGAAGCUGGAGUUCACUGCGAUGUGAUUGCCCGCGAGCUCAGGAUUCCGCUGCAACAAGUCAAGGAAGCAUUGGAACAGCUCUCGAACGAUGGCUGCGUUUACUCUACUAGCGAUGAGACUUGCUUCAAGUCAACCGCAAACGCAUGAUCAAAAUGGAUUUUCUUACCAAUCUUCUUAAGUACGGAAAGUCUUUUGUAUAGGCCCUACGGUAUGACUACCUAUGGCUUCAAGACUAAAUCUAUCUAAUAGCUUUUGGAUUUGUUAAAAUCAACUCAAAGUUCAAUCAAAAUCUUUCUGUUAUAUGAUAUUUUCUUUGGUCUACUUGUUGUAAACAUGUUGUCUGAGUAGUAUCUGGGUCGGCC